AUGUGACGCCAUGGCUGGGCGGGGCUUGUUCUCAAACCCAGACGCAGGCUCACAGCAAUAAAGAUGGCGGCGCUGGGGUCCGCCAAAUCCGCUGGACUCGGGCAGAGAAGCGCUCCUCUGAGUCUGGAGGAGGCCCGGUGCCCGGUGUGCUCCGAGAUCCUGCUGGAGCCGGUGACGAUGCCCUGUGGACACUCGGUGUGCCUGCACUGCUUCCAGCGCACGGUGAAGCUGACCAGCCUGUGCUGUCCGCUGUGCCGGCUGCGGGUGUCCAGCUGGGCCCGGAAACAGUCCCGGGAGAAGAGCCUGGUGAACGCCGAGCUCUGGGAGCUGAUCCGCCUCAGCCACCCGGAGAGAUGCAGGCGGAGGAUGGAGCAGAGAGACGGACAGACCGCCGACGGAGGUUCGUGGGGCUCGACAGAUUACAUAAUCAUGAGUUUGAAGUCAUUAUUUACGCUUCGACAAAUCGCGGCAUGACAGUUUUCCAGCUUCGCUGAUUUCAGUUCAGUCGAUACAUUUGAAUUGUUAGAAAUAAAACUAAAACAUUCUAUUUAUUUUAUAAAUGUACUAUUUUUGC